GCACUGCAUUUAACCCAAGAUCAAAGAUCCGCCAAAGAAAGAUCGCGUUUCUUACAUAUCCAUACACAUGGCCAAUAAAUAUAUGCUGAUGCCUCUCAAAUUGUCAACGUGCUACGUUCAACGUUCAUCCGAUCACAUCAACUACUUCGCUAUUUUCUGUUGAUACUUUCUCGCUAUGAACCGGAUAUCAAUUCAAGAUGGAAGUUUACCAGAACCAAAUUCCGACCCCGCCUGAGGUCGUGCAAUUAAUUCAUGAGCUAUACAGCUCCCACAAUACUCCCGAGUAUAUUUCUCGUACUCAGAAAAUACUGCUGGAAGCUCAGAUAGCUCCCCAAGGCUGGGGGAUUGCAUAUGAACUGCUCACUAUACCUGACAAUAAUGUCAAGUUCUAUGCUGCUUCAACAUUUACCAUAAAACUGAAUGACACCAAUAAGGCUUUAUCAGACGAUGACGCCCUUAUUCUGCUUCAGACCCUUAUAAACUGUCUCAUUGCUUCUCUACGGGAUGGCACUGCCAAGUUCGUCAUCGUGAAGCUCUGUUCCACCUUGGCCACCUAUGCCAUUCGCUGCGUACAUAUAUGGCCUCGAUGCAUACGCCAUCUUACGCGCUGCUUACAGAACCGCGCCUAUAUACCACCAGAUCAAGUUGGAGAUGCCUAUUCUGUCCCGGAUGCCAUUCCGUCAUUGAGCAUCGAGGAUUUCCUUGCUAUAAUAUAUUUCUCUCAAUAUCUGGCAAGCGACGGGGCAAGAAUUAGCACCAAGUCCCACGCCAAUAUAGCAUUCCACAAAGAGGUUGUUGGCAAUGAGGAGGAUGUGACUAGCUUUUUGACUCGUGGCAUCACAUCUGUACGGGACCCAACCAUCGACAGAACUCUCCCAAUAGAGUCGAUAAGCUGUGCUCAAGCAUGGCUGGUGUACUUUCAGCAGAACGUUACAAAACCCGGUCACAGCUUUUCUUCACCACUCCGAACUAUAUUUACGCUCGUCAUCGAUUGCCUUCCCCUCGAAGAAGUAUCUGAGCAAUCUUUGACCCUCUUUCUUGAGCUUGUGGAGAAUUGGGGGGUAAUUAUCUCCCAAAAGGAAUGUGACACCAUAUACUCUUAUAUUCUGGAGAGUGAAUGGGCGCAAGGAAGGUUUAGAAAUCUUCUCGAUGGUGACGCUGACGAGAUACAAUUCGGCUUAUUCAUUCUGGCUUUCGCAGACAACCAGUCGAGUCAAAUGAUGAGGGGAGAGAAUGAAAGGGCCCAACGCCUACUCGUCUUACUCACCGACCUUUUAAGAGCCGAUGGGCACCCGGGCGUUGACGAUAAGAUAUUCCCUAGAGCUAUCGAAUUUUGGGAGAAUUGGACCACUGGACUUAUAGACGCCCGCUGGGUUGAAUUUGAGUGUAAAAAAAUGGAUCUAACUCAGCCGCCUUUGCAACAGCUUAUGAAUGCCGUGUCUCUUAGCUGGGUGAAGUGCCAAUAUCCUUCGGCCACGGAGUACAAUUCCUGGGAUUCGUCCGAGAGACUCGACUUUGCGGAGGCGCGAAAAGAUAUCAUCCAAUUCCUCCAGAUGGUGUACCCAUUUAUAGGCGGUCCACUUGUCUCGAUGUUUGCCCAGAGGAUGGUAGAAUCCUCAACAGUUUCAAAAUGGGCUGAAGUCGAAGCAGCAGCGUUCUGCUUGGGCGGCCUAACCGAUUGCAUGGCAGAGGAGCUCACAAGUGGAGGCAACAAACCGUUGACCCGGUGGGAUGAUAUCCUAGCAGAGUUGUUCUCCUCACCUCUGUUCGUGCUAUUGGGUCAGGGACAAGACGUGAUACCGGUUCGAGCGAAACAGACGUGUCUCUCCCUGACAGAACGCUACGCGGAAUUCUUCACUCGUCGCACGGAAUUCCUGCCGGCUGCGCUGAACCUUCUAUUCAGCUCCAUGGCCGACAGGUACUUCGCGCUACCCUCUUCUAAGGCGAUUCGCGAACUUUGUUUGUCUUGUCGCAGCAUCUUGACAACUGAGGUCGAUGCAUUUCUAGAGCAAUAUCCAACAUUGCGAGCCCAGGGAAUUGACUCCUUACCCGAAGAAAAAGUUGUCGGCGCUAUAGCAGCUGUUAUCCAAGCCAUCGAUGAUGACUCCCAGAAGGCAAAUGCGUUCCAUAGACUCCUAGCUAUAAUGGUAACAGAUGUAGAGACGAGUCUACAACUGUAUGCUGGUGGGCAAGAUUGUCUUUUGGCUCCUGACAACCCAAUUAUGUCUAGAGUCUACGACUUCGGACAAAGACCGGUGGAUCCCACACCCGCGCCAGCAGUGGCCCUUCAAUUAGCUAUACGAGCUCUUCGCUGUCUUCAUAGUAUUGCUAAGGGACUUCAAGCGCCUUUCGAUGUAGAUGCUCUUGAGGGUUCAGAGGCAGAAAUUGACACUGACAAGUCUCCAGCUAUCACACAAAUACAACAAGAACUUAUGGCAAUCUUGGUCCAACUCAAACAGACCUUUUCGAGUGACCGUGAUGUUGUGAGCGUCAUCUGCAGUAUUCUUCGUGCUGGGUUUUCCGAGUCGGAGCCUGGGUUCUUCGUCUUCUCACCGCAGGUGGUGAUCGACUUCAUCACCAAGGACUGGCAAUGUGAAAUUGCCAAGGUUGUGGCCAUAGCUAGAGCUUUCGUAGCAUCCCUGGGCAGUGGAAGCCAAAAGAAGUAUCUCCCCGAGGCCAUUGGACUCCUUUUACCCUGGGCUGUCGGUCUCCUCUCUCAACUAGCAGGACCCGAACAAGACCCCGAUCUCGCUCAAAAUGGCAUUGAAUUUGUAGAGAAUGCCAUGAUCAGAGCACCUGAGAUAUUUAUGUCCCAGCCCAGAGAGGCGCUUGAGCUUCUCUUCACAUUCGCUAUCCUGAUGCUGAAUGGCAACGAACCAUUGCCCAAGGGAGCAGCCUGUGGAUUUUGGACCACCUUUCUUACGCUCAGGACGGCUGAUCAAAACACGCAAGACAUGGUCAACAACGCCAUAUCGUACAUUGGCCCAAAAUUAGCGGAAUCGUUGAUACAGAAUAUUGGAGGAAAGGGAUUGAGAAGUGAACUAGAAACCCUCAGCAAAACACUCAAGAAGUUUGUGGUUUGCAACGCGAAAGCCAACGACUGGUUGGAUGCGGCCCUGAAAGAUCCGAAGUUCCCGAGUGACAAGGUAGCGGAGAAGGACAAGGACUUGUUUCUUAGAAAGAUUAUCAAGUUACGCGGUACAGCUCCUACUAACCAAGUCGUUCGUGACUUUUGGAAGACGUGCAGGGGAUCGGCUUUUGACUAUGCGUCUUGAUCUAGUUAAUGAAAUGAUUCAGGGACUAAUCAUAUCAUGCAUGUCGGGUUCUUGGUAUGAUUGCCCUGGCUCGACGAGCGUUUGAAAUCACGGUGGAGGCUUUCCCUGAGAGCACUAUUGAAUGUGUUAGAUAAACACUACAAAUGGGCAUCCGAUCUUAUGCUCUGACCGGAUGGCGUAUGUACCUAAGUUUUGCUACCUUUGGGCCAAAGGUCUUGGUACAGAGCUGAAUACCUACCUACUAGGUAGUAGGUAUCUGACUACGUACAUCGUGCGAUGCCAAUAUAAUAGAAACUCAAUGAAAAGACAAUUGUAAUAUG